GACUGGACGGAGCCGCCCCCACCGUGGGUGCCCGAGGCGGGAGGGAGAAGAGACCCAGGCAGAAGGCGAGGGCGGAGGGCGCUGGCGGCUGUUGCCGCUGAAGAUGAGCAGCAGCUGCUCAGGGCUGAGCAGGGUCCUGGUGGCCGUGGCUACAGCCCUGGUGUCUUCCUCCUCCCUCUGCCCCCAAGACUGGGGUCCCCCAGGAGUCCAGUAUGGGCAGCUUGGGCGGCCCGUGAUGCUGUGCUGCCCUGGAGUGACUGCUGGGAUGCUGGUGUCCUGGUUUCGGGAUGGAAAGUCAAGACUACUACAAGGACCUGACUCUGGACUAGGACAAAAUCUGGUCCUGGCUCAGGUGGACAGUGCUGAUGAGGGCACUUACAUCUGCCAGACCAUGGAUGGUGUACUUGGGGGCACCGUGACACUGAAGCUGGGCUUUCCUCCAGCCCGUCCUGUGGUUUCCUGCCAAGCAGUUGACUAUGAAAACUUCUCCUGUACUUGGAGUCCCGGGCAGGUCAGCGGUUUACCCACCCGCUACCUCACCUCCUACAGGAAGAAGACCAUGCCAGGAGCUGAGAGUCAGAGGGUGAGUCCAUCCACAGGGCCUUGGCCAUGCCCACAGGACCCCCUAGGGGCUUCCCGCUGCGUGGUCCAUGGGGCAGAGUUCUGGAGCGAGUACCGGAUUAAUGUGACUGAGGUGAACCCACUGGGUACCAGCACAUGCCUGCUGGAUGUGAGAUUGCAGAGCAUCUUACGCCCUGACCCACCCCAAGGACUGCGAGUAGAGUCAGUACCUGGGUACCCCCGACGCCUGCGAGCAAGCUGGACAUACCCUGAUUCCUGGCGCCGCCAGCCCCACUUCCUGCUCAAGUUCCGUCUGCAGUACCGUCCAGCACAGCAUCCAGCCUGGUCUAUGGUGGAGCCCAUUGGCUUGGAGGAGGUGAUCACAGAUGCUGUGGCUGGGCUGCCCCAUGCCGUGCGAGUCAGUGCCAGAGACUUUCUGGAUGCUGGCACCUGGAGUGCCUGGAGUCCAGAGGCCUGGGGCACUCCCAGCACUGGUCCUCUGCAGAAAGAGAUACCUAUUUGGGGCCUGCUACACAUGCAACAGCAAGAGGCAGUAGCUCAGGAGGAUGGCCCCACUCCUCCAAGGCCUUCCUUACAGUCAGACCCAAGGCCACUUGAUCACAGGGACCCCCUGGAGCAAGUGGCUGUGCUGGCAUCUUUGGGAAUCUUCUUUUUCCUUGGACUGGCUGCUGGGGCUCUGGCACUGGGGCUGUGGCUGAGACGGGGUAGGAAGGAUGAACCUCAAAAACCUGAAUUCUUAGCUUCAAUGAUUCCAGUGGACAAGCUUUCAGGUGCUCCAAACCUGUAGAGAACCCAGGAGAACUUCAGCUGAUUUUACCUGUAACCCUGUCAGACUGGGGUGGACAGACAGAAACAGGGCAGUAGGUCCCUACAGAUGGAGGUCUCAGCUGGACGUUUGGAGCCUGUAUUUUUGAGACCUUGUAUUCCAAACUUGCUGCAGCUAAAAGGUAUCUGGACCCUGAUGCCAUCCUAACAGUGGAGGUCCACCUGAGGAAUAUGUGUAGGUGUAUAUGUCUAUGUUCAUAUGUGACUGUGCAUAUGUGAGAUAGGGAAUGUAUAGUCUCUGCAUUGUGUGUAUAUAGAUGCCUAGAGAAUUUGUAUUGGUCCUUGGCUCUUGGUCUUGGCCUUUGGGUCUGUGAAGAGUUGAAAUAAAGAGGCUGAAUACAU